CACGUAGGUCUAAAAUUCCACUCUAUCAUGUAACGCCAAACAACGACUGUGCACUCAUUGAGAAUUCAACAAGUCAGUUGCAUUGCAUUUGCAAAUUCCAUUCACAAACCUCUCACUGCACUCUCCACUCACGGACCUACACGUAACCGAACUCCGGCCGAUCGCCGUCGUCGGGGACUUUAUAGGGUAUGAACUCUUCUGUUUCAACUGAAAGUGAAAUGCUGGCAGACGAGGAUAUCAGUGCUGUUGUAUGAGGUGUUUUUGUUUAACUUUUUCUGGAUUCAUGCAUUAUGGGCCUUACGACAGUAGUUUUACAAUGAUAUGAGAUUCAAUAGACAUGAGAGCAUAUAUAUUUAAUGGCUUUCUCUUGCGGUUAUUGAUGAUGGACAUUGAAAGCUGCACAGAACUGAAUGAAUUCCCACAGAUGCUUCCACCUCCACCUGGAACAUUUGUGGAUCGUGAAGAACUUAUCCAACAUGUUGGGGACUUUGCCGUGUCCCAGGGAUAUGUGGUUACCAUUAAGCAGUCUAAGAGGGAUAGGGUGGUUGUCCUUGGCUGUGACAGAGGAGGUGUUUAUCGUAACAGGCGGAAACCUGCUGAUGAAUCAUCUGCUGAACAUACUCGUCGAAGAAAAACUGGUUCUCGGCUUACAAAUUGUCCUUUUGAAGCUGUGGGCAAGAAGGAUGAUGGCUUGUGGAUCCUUACCAUAAAAAACGGAACACACAACCAUGAACCCAUAAAGGACAUCUCAGAGCAUCCCUCUGCUCGUCGCUUUACAGAGAGAGAAAUUGUGCUAAUUAAAGAAAUGACAGAAGCUGGAUUGAAACCUCGCCAAAUUCUAAAGAGACUGAGGCAAAACAAUCCAGAUCUUUUAUCAACUCCAAAGCAUGUGUACAAUGUUAAAGCUAAGCUCCGACAAGGAAACAUGACAGUUGAAUCCCUUAGAAAUUCUCUGCAAAUCAUGAGGAACUUCAAGCCAUUGAGACCCCAGAAGUCUGCUGUAAGAAACAAUUAUCUAGCAGUUACCGAGCCAUCUUGGAGGCAGCGCAACCCUCCGAGGGUUCCCAAUCUCAUUGGAGGUAGAUUUGUUGAUUCACAAUCAUUUGUAUCUAUUGAUGUUUUGAACCCUGCAACACAACAAGUUAUUUCUCAAGUUCCUUUAACUACAAAUGAGGAAUUCAAAGCCGCAGUAUUUGCAGCAAAACGGGCUUUUCCAUUGUGGAGAAACACACCCAUUGCAACUCGUCAGCGCAUCAUGUUCAAGUUCCAAGAGCUAAUUCGCAGAGACAUUGAUAAGCUUGCUAUGAAUAUUACUGCUGAGCAUGGAAAGACAUUAAAGGAUGCAUAUGGUGAUGUGUUACGUGGGCUAGAGGAGGUGGAACAUGCUUGUGGAUUGGCUACCCUUCAAAUGGGGGAAUUUGUUUCCAAUGUAUCUAAUGGUAUUGACACCUACAGCAUUAGAGAGCCACUUGGUGUUUGUGCUGGGAUUUGCCCCUUUGACUUUCCGGCUAUGAUUCCUUUAUGGAUGUUUCCUUUGGCAGUCACAUGUGGCAAUACGUUCAUUCUGAAGCCAUCAGAGAAGGAUCCAGGGGCUGCUGUAAUGCUUGCAGAGUUGGCUGUAGAGGCUGGUUUGCCUAAUGGUGUCUUAAAUAUAGUUCAUGGCAGCAAUGAAAUUGUUAAUGCUAUUUGUGAUGAUGAUGAUAUUAAAGCUAUCUCAUUUGUUGGUCCAAAUGUGGCGGGCACUUACGUAUAUGCAAGAGCAUCAGCAAAAGGGAAGCGUAUCCAGUCAAUUGAAAAUUGGCUGGCUGACUGUUGUCUUCAGUCCAAUGUUGGAGCAAAAAAUCAUGCAGUUGUCAUGCCUGAUGCAAGCAUGGAUGCUACUUUAAAUGCACUAGUUGCUGCUGGAUUCGGUGCUGCAGGACAAAAGUGCAUGGCACUUAGCACAGUUGUUUUUGUUGGAGGCUUAAAUCCAUGGGAAGAUAAACUAGUGGAGCAUGCCAAGGCAAUUAAAGUAAAUGCUGGAACAGAACCAGAUGCAGACCUUGGCCCAGUGAUUAGCAAGCAGGUAAAGGAACAAAUAUGCAAAUUGAUCCAAACUGGUGUUGAUACUGGUGCAAAUCUAGUCCUUGAUGGAAGAAACAUUGAGGUUCCUGAAUAUGAACAUGGCAGUUUCGUUGGUCCCACCAUCUUAUCCAGUGUCACAACAAAUAUGGAGUGUUACAAGGAGGAAGUUUUUGGUCCAGUUCUUCUUUGUAUGCAGGCUGACAGCAUUGAGGAGGCCAUUAACAUUAUUAACAGACAUAAGUACAGCAAUGGAGCUUCUAUCUUUACCACAUCUGGUGUUGCUGCAAGGAAAUUUCAAACUGAGAUUGAAGUUGGGCAGGUUGGCAUAAAUGUUCCCAUCUCUGUUCCGCUGCCUUUUUCCUCAUUUACUAGCUGCAAGCCAUCCUUUGCCGGUGAUCUCAAUUUUGAUGGCAAGGCUGGAAUUCAGUUUUAUACCCAGGUUAAGAUGGUGACUCAGCAGUGGAAGGAUUUACUGGGCAGCAGUGGUGCAUCCCUGCUAAUGCCAAGUUCUUAGAGGUUAUAAUGGACAUAAAAGGCAAUGUAUAUGUAUAUAAUGCACACUUUUUUUUUUUUUGAACAGUAUUAUUAAUGUGAAUCUUUAAUCACUGUGUAAAUAUAUUUUUUAAGAUCACCCAGAACACGUUGCCUUUAAAUCUUUGUGUACCACAGGUGAGCACUCCCAUGGCAUGUUUGGAUAUAUCAGGGAUUUGCUUCAUAUAAUGUUAUGUUCCAGUGUUCCAGUGUUCCAGAUA